AUGUCCCUCUGCCAGAUCUGUUCAACGCUCAACAUUGAGCAGCUAGAUGCCACAGAUGUCCGCUUUCACCCCAGCCUGAAGGCCCUCCAGCAGAGUGCCGAUGCGAAAUGUCCCUUCUGCAACCUAUGCUAUACCCGCGUCAUGGAUGACAUUCAUCAUAGCGUCACGGACGCCCUUCUCAAUGAUCAGAUACCGUCAGGCUACGAGGAAGAGACGUUUGUUCCGAGCAUCUGGCUCCAUGGCGAGGUGAGGCAAGGCAACCGCGGCGUCGGCCACCAGCUCCCGGGAUGUGCCAUAUGGAUCUCGUGCGGCAGAAUGCAUCCUGAUGUCGGUAUGGAAGAGACCAAUCGCCCCGGGAUGCCAUUUGCCUCGCGUUUGUCUCUUUUCGCAAGCCGUAAAACGCCAGCAGCCCGCAGAUUCAUCGAACGAUACAUCAUUGCGGACCAUAAUCCUAAUCUCUACAUAGACCUAGCAGGUUGGCGUUUGAAAAAGUGCAAAGACUCUCACAAGCUCUGUACACCGAGGUCCUCGGAGAUGCCAACUCGCGUCAUUGAGGUUGGCCGCAUCGGCGAAAAGCCGAGACUGAUAGUCACGAGUGGCCUUAGGGAUCCAUACAUUGCUCUUUCCUAUUGCUGGGGGCCCGGUAAAGAUACGUUCACCCUAACGCAUAAGACCAAAGAUGAGCUUCUGGAUGGCGUCACAGAAGAGAAGCUUACCCAGACUCAUCGAGAGUCCAUUCGAUUCGCACGCACGCUCGGCAUUGCGUAUCUCUGGAUCGACGCCCUUUGCAUCAUACAGGGCGAUGCCAAUGACUGGGCUUUCGAAUCGCAACGGAUGGCACACGUCUAUGGCAACGCGGCUUUGACCAUAAUUGCCGGUCGUUCAGACGACGCGCGCAACGGCUUUCUUGCAAAUGGACUUGAUCAAAAAGUCCCUCCAUGCACCUUGCCGCUGAGCCCAGACACCAAAGACACAAUCGGCGUCUGUCUUCCGAGAUCUACCCUCAUCGGGCCGGUGUCCACGCGCGGGUGGUGUUUUCAGGAAGAAAAGCUCUCAACGCGGGCUAUCAUAUUCGGCCAGGAACAGACCAUCUACCAAUGCCGAGAGGAAAAGAACUGGGAAGACGGCCAAGUCGAUUUCCAAGACCUCAAGCCCACUUUCCUGACUCCUGGUUUCUCCAGGGGCGUCCCCCAUUCCGCGGCUGAUAAGGAGACCACCCUCUCAAUGUGGUACGACUUCGUCGACUCGUUCACAAUGAGAGCUCUAUCGAACCCGCAUGACGUGUUCGCCGCCAUCGCAUCCAUCGCGAUUCUUGCGAAAGACGUGCUCAAGUCUCGCUAUCUUGCGGGCAUCUGGGAAGACGAUCUGGUCAGAGGCUUGCUGUGGAAACCACGUAACCAAGUGCAUGCGUUCUUCAACACCUCAGUGGCGCGUCCGAAACCAACUCCAUUUGCCCCAGCGCCGGUGAUUCGCGCGCCGUCAUGGUCCUGGGCGUCUGUAGAAGGUCCCCUUCGUCGCAUUUACAAUCCGAGAAAAUCGAAACUCUUCCAGGACAGCAACUACGUCAAGAUAAAACCCACGUUGGGAACCAGGUGGACAGCCGCAGAGGACUGUGAUGUGACUGUCCUUCACAUGCCGUCUUGUACGCUGCAAAUCUUGGGGCGCACGGCCAAGGCGACUCUGAUCAAGACGGGCGUUGUCGAGUGGUUUGAGGCGGAUAAGACAAGAAAGCGAUGGCUACCUUACAAAAAGAUGCUGCCCCACUCAGUCUUGCUCGUCUCGAACGGGCAAAAACCAGAUACGACGGGCAACGGAGACAACGUCGUUGCUGUGGGGUGCUUUGAUGUGCCAGAGGAAGCAGCGCAGUUCGAAGAGGUAUGGGGUCUUCGGCUGAUUGACAAAGAGGGGUUGAUCAUUGUCCCGCACGAGGGCAAGUGGAAGCGGGCUGGGUGGUUCUGUUUGAGAGAUGAAUCUUGGCUUGAGAAGAAGCCCGAGGUUGAGAUAGAUCUCGUCUGA